CGCAGUGCAAUUUUGUGUGAUAGACGAGUCGAGUCUGGAGUGCGCGGACGUUGUGUGUCUGCAGAAGUGAUGGAUGCUGUAACAUGCGAAUAGACCGGCAGCUCAGCUGUGUAUUGCACACCACAGCUUUAGGCAAAUAGGGCAAACUCUUAAGGAACUAAACUGAGAUUCAUAGCUUAUGCGGCGCAACGGAUACACUUAAUGUAAUAAAAUGUCUUAGUGUAUUAAGUAUUGGUUGGCAAAGGGUUGGCAAAGCAUAAAUACUCUACGUGACGAAUGACUUUCCUGUGAGCGACAUAAAGGACUCAAGGAUUUCGCUGUCUGGAUGUGGGAUACGUAAACAGCUGCUUUCUUAUCCUCUGAAUAUGCUGAAGGCUUUGGGAGGAAUCUGUUUGCUUCAUCUAACUACGAUUUUUUUCCUGUUUUGGGCAACCAUAGAUGAUGCAUGGUGGUUUACAGACACCCUUUACACAGAUUUGUGGGGUGGAUGGGAGAUGGAUAACAAUGAUAAUGUCUGGGUGUACAAGGAUAUACCCACCUCCUACAGGAAAGACUAUCUGAAGGCGGUACAGGUGUUCGCAGUGCUGGCCUGUCUGUUUGCUGUGUUGUCACUGUGUGUUUUCAUCUUUCAACUCUUUACCCUGGGUAAAGGGAAGCGGUUCACCAUCUCUGGAGUUGUGCAACUCAUAUCCUGUUUCUGCAUAAUGGUGGCUCUGUCAGUCUACACCGAUCACUUUCACAGAGGUGAGAAGGACGGUUGGUACGGUUGGUCUUACAUCAUGGCCUGGUUUGGCUGGCUGCUGACCCUCUUCACUGGAAUUAUGUACAUUGUCCUGCGCAAAAGAGUGGAUUGAAAUCUUGACCCUCGCUCUCAGUGCUAAUCUGCGGCUGUAGGUGCUGUAAAUUUCAAGAAAUAUGUUUUAUUGAACGUUACAGGCCUCUGGUAGAGUAGAGGAAAAUUUGGACAACUAAUAAUUGCAGGUCAUUUAAACCUUUGUCCAAAAGAUUCAUGUCGCCAGAGAUAAAAGGUUUUACCCAACAUUUAAAGGGAAAUGUAAUUAAAAUAAAUCUUUGCAUUUUUAUUAAGUGUAAUACAAUAGUUUGGAUUGGCUGGGUUUACGUUCCAUAAUGCAUUGAGGGCAACGAGAGGGUACGAAUGCAAGUGAUAAAGUGUACAUAUACAAAAGUUUAUGCAGGAAUGAAAUGUAAAAAAUGUAUCUAAACAUGUAUAAACAAGAGAAAGAUCAGUUGUACAUAUAAAGUACAUACAAAAGAGUAAACUUUUAAAGAGAAUGUUUCUGUAGAACAUCACUUGCACUUUAAAAUAGCCUAUGCUUAACAAACACACGUUUGUUUUGGUAUGACAUUACACCGAAAUUAUUCUAGUGAGUGUUUUUCUUUUCAAGAGACACCAAUUGCACAGUAUAAUCUAUAGCUCCAGAUAGUCUAUGGUGCUGUUUAUUUUACAAAUACACAGUCAUGAAAAGUUUGACUGUACAAGCAUUCCACUACCAUAUUUACAGAACCGUUUGUGUGCAUUAAGGUGAAGACACUUGGUUUUCAGGAUACCUGUACUGUAAUAGCACCACAAACCUUGUUGCUAUGCUUAUCAUUAGAAUAGCAUGAAUAUAGUGAAUAAAUGUUCAUGAGGUCAGAUGAUCACCCGAAGAACUCUGUCAGCACAAUAACGCCUGGCAUUAAGAUGCGUUUUGGUUGAUCGGAACACAAGUGGAUGAGAGAGCGACACACCUUAAACUUUUAUCUGUCUCUUUUUCCCCCACCUUUUGACUGCUUUUGUCCCGAUUACGGUCUCGAAUCCUUAAAACACGAGCAGGAAAAAUGACAGGUUUAAGUUGACGCAAACUAUUAUGUCAGGGUACCGCUAGUUGUGCUGUUAGUAAACAUGGUGCACAUCGUAUUGUCAGGGUUCCCACACCUUAGUUAAAGGCACACAAGGCAAGUCUGAGUAUAAUUUCUCUUCUAGCUCCCCCUAGUGUCUGGGAGUAAAUGCUUUCUAUAUCUGAGACUUUACAGACUGAAGGACACCGGGUCGGAUACAGCGAACUUGCAAGUGGGGUAUUCUUCCUACAGACGGUAGGGGCAGGCGAGAGAGUCUUCAUUCGUCAUGUAAUGAGUCAUUUAACCAUAUACCGACUUACGAAGAUGAUUUAUUAACAUAAAAAUGCUGCCUUGUGUCCCUUUAACUUCAAAUUCAAGGACCUUUCACGGACUUUCCAGGUCCAAUACCCUCAAAUUCAAGGACUAAAUGUGGGGAACAUAUUUCAAGUGAGAGUAAGGUAACAUCGUGUUACCUUUUAAGAUACAUUGUUACAGUUCCCUUUCGAGGGAACUCACGCUGCGUCACUGCGGUGACACUUUGGGGCCGCCUCCAGGGGUAAGUGCAUCUGAAUGUGUAUAUCAAAUUCAACCAAUGGUGAGGCUUAACGACAAAGACAGGGUGACGCGGGAGCCAGGAAGUAUAUCGCUAUCUGAAAUAUUGCCAGAGGCGCGUUACAGGGACGCAGGAAGUAUGGCAAGGGAGACGCAGCGUCUCGUUCCCUUCUCAAGAAACAACAGUUACACACGUAACCCGAGACGUUUUCAUGUGUCAAACACAACUAUGCAAAAAAGCAUUUUGGUAUGAAUCAACAUUCGCAUACAGAAGAUAUAAGCAUUUAAAGUAAACAGCUCAGCAUGUGUGCUUAAAAGGCCAGAAAUUUUAUGAUAUUUUCCUACACUACACAGGGAAUAAUAUGGAUUUUUUUCCAGAAAACUAAUUGCAUAAAAUAGAUUCAAGCACUUUCAAUGACCUGUAUCUUUGUAUGUAUAUAUUU